CGGUCGAAUGGAAAGGGAAGGAAUAAGAGUGCGAAAAGGACGAGUUGCACGUCCAAUAAAAGCGCGACAAGAACGAACGAUGCACAAGAGGGGGAGAACGCUUGCCGCGCUGGCGUCAGUUACUCGGUUACGUUGAGCUUGUCACUCGCUUGCCGUCGACCGCGCAGCGUGUUUGUACCAGUGUUCCCACCUGUUUACGGCCGUUGACACGCGAAUUUCUUCGGAUCGAAAAUAACAGAGGAUCGUCCCGUACUCGUACGAUGAUCAUUGUUGUCGUGAGAUCAUAAUCCGCGACAGGUAAAGAGAGAGAUAUCCAGUGUCCCGACUAGCCGGCGAUUUUAUUCACACGCAUUAUUUGGAUUAGAGUAUCGACGGGCACAUCGACGACAGACUCACGAUGCUCCGGCAGAAGAACUACCUCGCCUUGGGACUGCUCGGCUGCGUCCUCCUGCUGCUGUCGGCGACCACCGCGGACAACAGCGUGUACAUACUGUCGAAGUACGGCCACCAGCAGCAGCUCACCUCGACCACGCUGAGGUGGCUGCCGGCGCAUCACAUCCCGAACGAGAAGCAGAUAGUCGUCGGCGGCUUCGAGAAAAUAUCAAACGCUGAAGAUGAUAACAAUGCGAAUCAAGCGGACAAGCUGGAGACGAAGAGCCAGCCGCCGAUCUACGUGUGCCGCGCGAUGCACAGCAACAGCGUAUGGGUCGCCGGUAUGCAGAGGCACAAGGAGAAACGUUGCACGGUGACGAUGCACGGCGCGGUGCAGUCGUACGAAAAGUACGAGUUGCUGGAGAACGCGGACGGCGCGGCGCGAAUCACGUGGGUCUCCUGGAACAAGUACACGCAGCCGCCCGUGGGUGCGGUGUACGCGAACAAGCUGCUGAUCGCCCGAUACGAAAUCCCCACGGAAGAAAAGUCGCGCUACACGCACUACAUCGGCACGCUCAGCUCGACCGAAAACUUCGGCAACAUCGUCUACGCGAACGAGAACGGCAAGGAAGAGACCGCGACGUGCGGGGAGCUGCUGGUGGAGACCGAGCCGAUCCGCUACGAGUUGAGCGUCGUCAAGCUCAACUGGUAUAAGAAGCACGAUAUUAAGCCACGCGUAUCUCGCGUACUCAACGAGGUGACGAUCGUCAAUCGCGGGACGCAAGCGGCGAAGAUGGCGGAGGCCAGCACGUACUCGUACAAGUACACGAUCUACUGGGGUCGCAGACACGCCAUGCUCAACGGCCUGGACACCACGAUCACGCUGUUCAACGGCACGUCCUUGCCGAACAUAACGUGGGGCACGCGCCACGAGGAGAAUCGCACGGAGGCUUACAACAUAUUAAUCUUCCUGGAGCCCGGCACGGGCGUGAACGUGACGUUGAGAGCCAAUUACACGAACAUGGAGGUUCCGUACACCGCGACGCUCAUCUCGCACUACGAGGACGGCGCGACGACGUCGCGCCCGAUCAACGGCUAUCGGCAGGAGGAGACUCUGUUCGACAUCAAGCCGGAAUUCGGACCGAUCUACUUCCUGAACAAUUACAGCCUGGUGCCGACCACCGUGCCGCCGCCCACCACGACCGAGCCGACGACCACGACGACGAUCGCGACGACGAAACAGCCGCAGGAGACGACGCAUCAGCACGGGACGACGGAGCCGGACGUAAAUCGCGACGAGAACAUGAUUAUACCGAAGAAGCCGGACAUAUCGACGGGCAUGCAGAGCGACGACGGCGGCCCGUUGUCGCUGAAGAACAAAGUGGAGGUCACGUACGGCGGCACCGCGUGCGCCACGUUCAAGUCGAGCUUACUGACGCUCCCGUUGCUGCUGUUGAUUCUCCAUAGAAUCACGUGAAGGCCCGAUUGCGCGCCCGCCGUUGCCACCUCUAUCGUUAUUUCCUAAUUCCCGCAAUAGUAAUAUAAUGAUAUAACCCAGUAGACAAACACAGUACCGAAGACAGAAAAAAAAGUUUAAAAAAUAGAGAAAAAAAAUGGAACAAAAAAAUAUACGCGAAAGAAAAUUGCUGUAAUUUCGUACGUAGCGAUUAUGGCGCGAAUGACCUCCUUGUUUAAAUGCACCGCUGGACCGCCAUCGGCGCCGCGGUGAUAUAUGCUUGCCUUUAAAGAGAAACUUGAUAUUUAAUAUAUAUAUAUAUAUAUGAUAUAAAAAUAUCUAUUAUAUAUACACACGUCUUAGGGUAGCAGAGAGAGAGAAGGUGAGAGAAUGAGUAUCUUCGCGAUUGAACAAUGAGAGCUAGUCUCACGACAAGUUAAGUACAAGAGAGAGGGAUAUCGCAGCGACCGAUGUGUGGGUGGAUUAAAUCUUGGCCGCGAGAUGUAAACGUUAUCACCCAUUAUAUCGUUGAACAACUGACCGCGUAAACUGUGACAUUCCGUCUUUUUCUAAUCCUGCUGUGAAUCGACUUUCUAGCUGUUAAUGUAUGUCUUAUGCCUUCGCAAAGUAUAAUUCUAGAUCCUUUAGAACACUAAUCGCUUCAAAAAAAAAAAAUGACGGCACAUACUUUAGUCCAAAGAGAGAUUAACGAAAAAAGAAAAAGAAAGAGAGCUAUAGUUGCCGUGAAUAAUGUCUCGGAUAAGUAAGUUAGCAUAUACGUCGGGCCAGGAGGUGAAUAGAAGUUUAAGAGACGGAGAAAGAGAACGAGAUAUGUGAGUUAAUUCAGCUACGAUAUAUUUUUGAGAAUGCCGUAUAAUUUUAGAAGAAUUGUAAAAUUUAUAAGGAUAGCAAGUAAGAGAAACAUAUAAAGUGUAAAGGGUGGAUGGGUACACGUUUUUUCGCGGUACUAAUUUAUUUUUUAAGUUCCAAAGCGAUACCUUAGCACGUGUAAGCCGUUCAAUUAAUAUGCACAAUAACGCAUUGCGGUAAUAUUAAGUGAUGGCACACACGAAAAUCGCGUCAAACGCAUAUGAAAAUUUGCCAAAUGUUUGAUAAUACAAUAUAUAUAUAUAUUUUUUUUGUUUUGAACAGUUCGAUAAACGAUAUUAAGAAUGUGUACCCACCUCUUGCCAGUGUAAAGUGAUAGGACUUGCAGAUUUCCUAGAGUACUGUUGAAGAUUGUAACGGCGGAAGAACGAAGAGAACCACAUUGGUAUAUAUAAUAUAUAUAUCUUAAUAAUUCGUUAAAAAUAAGAGGAUAGAAUAUUUUGGUACGCGUGCGAAGUACGGGAUUAUUGAGUUCGACGUUUCGUGGUGGAAUUUUUAGUUUACUCGAGAAAGACUAAGGAUGCAGUCCCAUGAGCUGUGGAACUGCGGAAAUGCGGAUCGGCGGAAUGAACGUCACGAACAGAGUUUGACCAAUCUCCCUCUGAUUCUUUAAAUCUUAAUGAAUUUCGAUUAUUAGAUGUUGAUUACUCGAUGUAUUUUGCCUUUUAAUUUCCCAAUUCGAAUUUUAACCACAUCUAUAGAUGUAAUCCAUUCUUGAACUGUUCCGUCUUUAGGUAUUAAAUAUGAUUUUUUUUUCUUCAUUUCCGCAAGUUUUGCUCCAUGUAACAUAAGAAAACAAAUGUCUGCGGAACGAAAAGCGCGCGUAAAAAACAAGGAGUAAAGAACUAUAAGUGACGACAGUUUGUGUCAGGUUCUGUGCACUCGAGCCAUUUGGGAAGUAGAAUUGUCGUGUCUGAACGCGCCCAUGCUAUUUUGUCAAUUCCGCAUUAACUUGCGGAACGACAACUACGGAAUGGCCGUGAUGUUAUUUCACCGAUCCGCAUUUCCGCAAUUCCGCAGCUCACGGGACUGCACUCUAAGUGAUAUGGCGGUUAUUUUUCACACGAGGUUGCGUUGCCAGCAUUUUUACCGAAGAAAUAUCCAUAUGUAUAUAAUAUGUAUUUCUAUGAUCUUUGAUAUAGUCGUAAUUGUGUAGUAAGCUUAUUUAUAUAACAUGAUUUAUAGAUAUUUUCUCUAUUGAUAGUAGCGUUACAAGUACAAUUCUUAUAUUUUACUAUUAACUGACGAUGGAAUCGUAUAGGAUUAGCGCGAAACACUUAUUUCGAACUAAUGCGGACAUGUCUCUGCGUCUCUAACGACGUUUCGACGUAAGCCUAAUCACGCCUGUUGUGAUAUUCAAUGAAAUCUUAUGUAAACACGAAGCGAAAGAAAAAGAACAAAAAAAAAAGACGUUUUGUUGAACGAUUUGUUAAUUACAAGAGAAAGCAAUAAUUCGUUGUCAGAUGGAAAGACUUGCGUGUUCGAAGGAAGCGAGAAAAAGGCGAUGUUGGAAAACCAAACGCAAAUAAAAUUUAUGGCAUCUA